UUUAACGCGUUUUUUAUUAUUACCAUUCAACCGGACCAGAGAGCGGAGAAAGAAAAAAAAAACCGGGGUCACUUUGGAGAAAAAACACAAUGUCAGCGACCUUCCCCGGACUUGUCCACGACGCAGAGAUACGUCACGACGGAUCAAACAGCUACCGACUCAUGCAGCUCGGGUGCCUGGAGUCCGUGGCCAACUCCUCGGUCGCCUACUCCUCCUCCUCCCCGCUCACCUACCCGGCGCCCGCGGGCACGGAGUUCGCCUCGCCCUACUUCUCCGCGAACCACCAGUACACGCCCCUGCACCACCAGUCCUUCCACUAUGAGUUCCAGCACUCCCACCCGGCCGUGGCCCCGGAGGCCUACGGGCUCAAUUCGCUGCACUCGGGCCAGUACUACCAGCAGAUCCACCACGGAGAGCCCGCGGACUUCAUCAACCUGCACAAUGCUCGCUCGGCUCUCAAGUCCUCGUGCCUGGACGAGCAGCAGCGGCGCGAGCUCGGCUGUCUCGACGCGUAUCGGCGCCACGACCUAUCGCUGAUGACGUCACACGGCUCCCAGGCCUACGGCGUCGGUAUGCACCACGCGGACCAGAGGCUGCUGCCCGCCGGCGGCCUGGGGCUCUCAUCGUCCGGGUCAGAAGAUCUGCAGGGCUCCGUGGAAGCACAGUGUGGGCUCGUGCUGAACGGCCGAGGGGGCGUCAUCCAGAGAGGGGGAACGUGUGUGGUGAACCCUACAGAUCUGUUCUGCUCGGUGCCGGGCCGCCUGUCCCUGCUCAGCUCCACCUCCAAGUACAAAGUCACCAUCGCCGAGGUGAAGAGAAGACUGUCCCCACCAGAGUGCCUGAACGCCUCCCUACUGGGCGGCAUACUGCGCAGAGCGAAGUCUAAGAAUGGAGGCCGGUGUCUUCGUGAGAAAUUAGACCGUUUGGGCCUCAACCUGCCGGCCGGACGGAGGAAAGCUGCCAACGUCACACUGCUCACAUCCCUGGUGGAAGGUGAGGCGCUCCACCUGGCGAGGGACUUCGGCUACACCUGCGAGACAGAGUUUCCCAGCAAGGCGGUGGGGGAACAUUUGGCAAGGCAGCACAGCGAGCCGAAAGAAACCAGCGCACGCAAGAAGAUGGUCCUGGCUACAAAGCAAAUCUGUAAGGAGUUCCAGGACUUAUUGAGCCAGGACCGCUCUCCUCUGGGCUCGUCCAGACCGACAACCAUCCUUGAAUUGGACAUCCAGAGACACCUCACACACUUCAGUCUGAUCACUCACGGGUUCGGGACGCCGGCGGUCUGUGCCGCUCUCAGCACCUUCCAGACGGUUCUGAGUGAGAUGCUCAACUACCUGGACAAAAGCUUGGGCGGGAAGACGAGCGGACCCAACGACCAGCAGAUCAACAACAGCUCAGAGAAGACGCAGCUCCGGAAAACAGCGGAGCCCCAGAGCAAAGACGGGAAAACAGAAAAGACUGAGUAGCCCACUCCCACCGUCCCCGUGCCUUGGAGCGCUGCAUUUAGGAGAGUGUGUGUGUGAGAGAGAGAGAGUGUGUGAGAGUGCAUUGUCAGAAAGGAUUUGUUAACUCGUGUGUCUUCUUCUGUGGG